CUCGGUGGAGGAAGUAGCUCCACAGCUUGGAUGUGUAUGUGUGUAUGCGUGUGUGGAGUUACCUCCACAGUGAGAGUGUCGCUAACCACUGGAUUGUUAAAAAAGACAAGCAAAAGUCACCCUCGGGAGGAAAACACACACCGACUCGCUUUCGAGGAAUAGUUUUGAGUUGUUUUUUCCACGUUCUCGGCACAGGUUGAAGCGGUGCAGCCGGUCCAGAAGCGAGCAUUAUGCAUUCAGACUGCAGGCUGCUAUGGGCAGAGCGGUAAUGGUGGGCAGGGGACCGACAGGGGCCAGGGUUCUCGUCCUGUCGAUUCUCAUCAUCCUCACCACGGAGGACUGUCGAGCUCAGAAAGGUGAUGGCUGUGGCCCCACUGUACUUGGCCCCAGCAGUGGGACUCUGUCCUCUCUGGGUUACCCGGGGACAUACCCCAACAACACGGUGUGUGAGUGGGAGAUCAGCGUGCCGCACGGCAGCAGGGUCCACUUCCACUUCGCAGAGCUGGACAUAGAAGACAGCGACUGCCAGGUCAACUACCUCCGACUCUACAAUGGCAUCGGGCUCGAGAGGAGUGAGAUUGUGAAGUACUGCGGCCUGGGUCUGAGGGUCGGACAGCUGAUCGAGUCCUCCACCCACCAGGUCACGGUCCAGUUCAUGAGCGGGACCCACCACAGCGGGCGAGGAUUCUACCUGUCCUACUCCACCACCCAACACACAGAUCUAAUCACCUGCCUGGACAAAGGGGCUGAUUUCCCAGAGGCAGAGUUUAGUAAAUACUGUCCUGCAGGCUGCUUGACAUCUACCGAGGAGAUUUCAGGAACUGUACCCAAUGGCUACAGAGAGUCCUCUCCUGUGUGUGUGGCAGCCGUCCAUGCAGGCGUGGUGUCCAACGCUGUGGGGGGGCGGAUCAGCGUGGUGAGCAGCAAAGGCAUCCCUCACUACGAGGCCACACUGGCUAACAACGUCUCUUCCACUGGAGGAACUUUGUCCGACAGCCUCUUCACCUUCAGGACCAACGGCUGCUCUGGGACGCUCGGUUUGGAGUCUGGUGGCGUUGCGGACACUCAGCUGUCCGCCUCGUCUGUGUGGGAGUGGAGCGUCGGUCAGCAGAGUGUGUGGGCACCAUCGGGGGCGCGGCUUAAAAAGGCGGGGCUUCCCUGGGCAUCUGCUCAGAGUGAUCUAAAGCAGUGGCUGCAGGUCGACCUCAAGAGAGAGAAGAGGAUCACAGGUAUCACCACCACCGGCUCCACCCUCAGAGAGUAUCGAUACUACGUCUCAGCGUACCGGGUGCAGCACAGUAACGAUGGCCAGCAGUGGCUCAGCUACAGGGAAGCAAAUUCAACACAAGACAAGAUUUUCCAAGGCAACAUCAACUACCUGCAUGAGGUGAGGAAUAACUUCCUUCCUCCAAUCGAGGCGCGGUUUGUGAGGAUACACCCGACCCUAUGGCAUCAGAGAAUAGCACUCAAGUUGGAGCUGGUUGGCUGCCAAAUUCUUGCGAAGCCAGUACCAAGGGUGUUUGACCCCUAUCGUCAUACUCCACCUUCUAUGGGUACAAAACGUCCACCUCACUUUGGACAAACCACUCACCCCCCCGACAUCAGGAACACCACGAUGCCUCCUCACACUGGUAAAGAUGUGGCGCUGGCAGCGGUUCUGGUGCCCGUGUUGUUCAUGGUUCUGACCGCGCUCAUCCUGACUGUGGUGUGUGCGUGGCACUGCAGGAGCAGGAAAAAGAGCUCAGACGGAACAUAUGAUCUCCCUCACUGGGACCGCACAGACUGGUGGAAAAGCAUGAAGCAGCUGUUGCCCUCCAAGAUGGUGGAGACAGAGGAUUCAGUUCGGUACAGUGAGGUGGGCCGGCUGGGGAGAGGGGCUGUACCCAGACUACAUGCUGAACCUGCAGAUUACGCUGAGCCCCUGGUGAGUGGCGUCACAACAUUAGGGGCCCGGUCCACCUUCAAACCAGACGAGGGCCCCGACCCGGGAUACACGGACCCCGACCUGUACGACGCUCCCAUCUCGCAGGACGUGUAUCACGCCUACGCAGAACCCUUACCAGCCACGGGAUCAGAAUACGCCACGCCCAUCGUGGUGGAUAUGGGCUGCCACCCAUCAUCAGGGGGCUCCACUCUGAACCAGCCCUCCACGGUGUGUAGCUUCAUGGGUGCCGGGCCCCCCUCCCUGCUCACUCGGACAGACAGCGGCCGCUCAGGGAGGACGGCCUACGAUACGCCAAAGAACGCCACUGGACAGGCCACGCCCCCUGAGGAUCAGACCUAUCAGGUGCCUCAGAGGAACACUCAGAAGCCCAAAGGAAAGAGCUGAAGAGUCCGGAUGCACAUGGCCUUAAUCUGCCCCGACACAACCCAGCGGAGGGUUGUGACGGAGGAGGAGUGAAUCUGUGAGCCCCGGAGCCCGGCUCCAGUCUUGAAUGAACACUACCUUAGCUUUAGAUUCAUCUGGAGAUGUCUGUAUUGCCUAAAUGUUUCUGCAUGGUCACAAUCUGCUUGUGUAGUGCCAUUACAGUCCUAUCACUGAAACCACAAAGAUGAAUGUGUGUGUGCAAGGUGGAGGGAUGGAUGAAGAGGAGGAAGCUGACUACUAUUUGAUAAAGACUCCCUGUUCUGUGAUCCUUAGUAGUUCCUGCAUUCUGUGAAACUGUGAUUUCCAUUAUUUUUCUGUUACAUACCGACAUGUACCCGAUGAUUUACAUUCAUCAAACCCAAAGUGUUCUCUUACUGAAUUACCUGCAUGUUGCAUUCAGUUACUCCACAUCCACGGUCAAUUAAUUCCUCCUUUUCUAGAGAAGCUCUAGUUUUCCACGGUACGUUUUUGUCUUACUUUGUUUUAAAAAGCAUGACUUGAAAUUGUGUAUAGUUCUAGUAAUCCCAUUACUGCAAACCUUUUGAUUGAUUUACUGAUAUUUAUUUUUAUUUUACAUCCUGCUGAUGAGGAGAAACUCUUAUUAAAAAUUGCCCACCACUUCCCUCACUGAUUACAUCAAAGAAUAAUGGUUGCACUGUUGUGGACACCGUACGUUUUUAUUUUGAAUGAACCUUGUCAGAUGUUAACUUGAAAAGGCUGAUCAAUCCAGUGAUUUUCACAAAAAGGAGAUACUUUGUGAUAUUGAAGACCAAAUGUUGCCUUUUUCUGUGUUUAUGCAAUUCAUAACAGAACCACCUUUCACAAUUCAGCGCACAUUUAGCCAAAUAACUAUGAAAGCAGUCUUAAUGUAGAAAAUAACAUUUUUAAAGGCCUAGUUAGUUGAUGUCCUAGUGAAUGGUACAGAGCAAAUAGGUAGAUGGGUUAAUCUGUUACAGCUGAUCGUUUCUUGUAUGUUUGUCUUGAACUUUUUAGAUUUUAUUUGUGCAUCGUGGUGAUUGUCUCGUGUUGAAAUGGGUGUUUGAUCUUGCCUUAAUGCAUUUGAGUGUUCCUAUCUAUGUGCAUCAACAUCUGUAUGUGUGUUGAGCUGUUUCGAUAUUUCAGUCCUGUGUGUUUUUCUUUUUUGGACUGUUUAUCGAUGCGGCUCAUAGUUGUAUCAUUGUUUGUGUUCAGUCAUUGUCUGUAGCACCAGUUAGACUGCAUUCCUCUCCUCUGGUACUAAUGUGACCAAACGCUCUGUGGCAGGAGGGCAGAUGGAACACGCUGCUUUAUAUCUUUACAGAAUAACAACCUCACCGAAGAAGUUAUUCUCACAGCUGUGCCACCAAUCCUGCUUUGAUUAUGCUCAAUAACCGAGGCGAUCUACAUACAUUGUUCUGGUGCUCCCUGGUCACAGAGGGAUGUGUUUGUGGCUCUCACUGAUUGUAUAUAGAGAAAUAAAGAGUUUUUAAAGAA